AUGGAUUCCCCAAGGGAUGGGAACCACACAGCAGUAAAAGGUUUCACUUUACUUGGCUUAACUGACAACCUAAUCCUUCAAGUCAUACUCUUUAUGACCAUCCUAUGUACCUACCUAGUGACCAUAUCUGGCAAUCUCAGCACAAUCAUUCUUAUCAGAAUCUCUUCUCAGCUCCAUCAUCCUAUGUAUUUCUUUUUGAGCCACUUGGCUUUUGUGGACAUAUGCCUUUCAACAUCUGUCACACCCAAUAUGCUUAAAAACUUUCUGGUGGAGAGAAAUACAAUCUCCUGCUAUGGAUGUGGUACCCAGCUGGGUUCAACUGCAUUCUUUGGGGCAGCUGAGUGCUUCCUGCUGGCUAUCAUGGCAUAUGAUCGCUUUGUGGCAAUCUGCAACCCACUGCUUUAUUCCACCAAAAUGUCCACACAAGUGUGUGUUCAAUUUCUCACAGUGGCUUAUGUAGGUGGUUUUAUUAAUGCUUCCUCUUUUACUAUUUCCUUCUAUUUUUUAAUCUUUUGUGGGCCAAAUCGAGUUAAUCAUUUUUUCUGUGAUUUUGCUCCU